CAUCGUUGUGGGACUAUAAAUAGGAGAGUCAGCACCGUGGACAAGCCUGCCACACCUGUCACCAAGCAGCCAAAUCUAUCUUUCUAGUGUUGCUUAGUGAGGAAGCAUGGAGACCAUGAAGCCUAUCGUUGCUCUCAUCUUCCUCUUCUCUCUUCUCUUGCUUGCAGAAGUCAAUGAUGCAAGAGGGAGUCCAGGUGGAUACUGGAAGAAGAUAAUGAAGGACCAGCCCAUGCCGGAGUCGAUUAGAGAUCUCAUUCACCCAGAGUCUUCGUCCGGGAAUGAGAAAAACAGCAUUGAUUUCGUGAGGGAUUUCGACAUGAGACCCAAUGUGAUCAUAUAUCACGGCCAUGUUGAUGCCAAGGAGAAGAAGCACUGUGGGGAACAUGCUGAGAAAGGAGAGGAUGAGCGGUUGAAGAUGCCUGAUGAUCAAGAUCAGAAGAUGGAGAUAUCUGCUUAGCUUGAAACUAGAGAAGGGAAAAAUAAAAAAAAUUAUGUGGUAGAUGCUUUUCUGCAGCUGGUGCAUAUGUAGAACUUCUUUUGUUACAGUAUUAUUAUGCAAUACGCUUGUAUUUAGAGCAUGUCAUGAUCAUUAUCCAUUUUGCUA